AUGGCCUUACUCUCGAGAGGCCUUCGGCCUGCCGUCGCAGAGCCGAUUACCUUGCCACGCCGGGCCACUCUAGGUGUCCAGCCCCCGGAUCAUGCGCGCAGCAUCGCCUCAGGGCAAGCUGCCGCUGCUCUGGCCGUGUUCGGUGGAUGUGCCCUCUUAUCGCGGCGCCAGGCACGUGGCCGCCUGAGCUGCCGUGCCGAGGUGGGUGAAGCUCCCAAGCGGCUUCGACGGAGGCGCAAAGCGCCCCGGAAGGCGCCGGAGACGGAGUUCACCUCCGACAUGUGCCUUGUAGUUAUAAUAUAA